UUCUCCUCCUCUGGAGCCAGCCAUGAACCCUAAGCCCAUUUUCCCUCCUCUAUAUAACCCCAUUCCAACCCUGAUUGACCAGCAAUAAGUCUGCAAUGGCGUCGGAGCCGCUGGCGAAGACGAAGGAUAGCCAGGCGAGCAUCAUCCUCGGCCGCUACGAGCUCGGCAAGAUCCUCGGCCAUGGCACCUUCGCCAAGGUAUACCACGCGAGGAACGUCAACACGGGUGAGUCCGUCGCCAUUAAGGUCCUCGACAAGGAGCGCAUCCUCAAAAGCGGCCUCGUCGCUCACAUCAAGCGCGAGAUCGCUAUCCUUCGCCGUGUCCGGCACCCUUACAUCGUCCAGCUUUUCGAGGUUAUGGCUACCAAGACCAAAAUCUACUUCGUCAUGGAGUAUGUCCGAGGCGGCGAGCUCUUUGGUAAGGUUGCCAAGGGCCGGCUCAAGGAGGAUACGGCAAGAAGGUAUUUCCAGCAGCUGAUCUCCGCCGUGGGAUUCUGCCACGCACGAGGCGUUUUCCACCGCGAUCUCAAACCGGAGAAUCUGCUCCUUGACGACAAAGGAGAUCUCAAAGUAUCUGAUUUUGGGCUCAGCGCGGUUUCCGAACAGAUGCGGCAGGACGGACUCUUCCACACGUUUUGCGGAACGCCGGCUUACGUCGCGCCGGAGGUGCUUUCGAGGAAGGGAUACGAUGGCGCUAAGGUCGAUGUUUGGUCUUGCGGUGUCAUCCUAUUCGUGCUCAUGGCCGGUUAUCUUCCAUUCCACGACCAGAACGUCAUGGCGAUGUAUCGAAAGAUCUACAAAGGGGAAUUCCGAUGCCCUAGAUGGUUCUCUUCCGAUCUCACUAAGCUUCUCUCGCGGCUAUUGGACACCAAUCCCCAGACUCGAAUUACAAUUCCUGAGAUAAUGGAGAAUCGUUGGUUUAAAAAGGGUUUCCGCCAUGUCCGAUUCUAUGUUGAGAACGACGAAGUCCACAGCCUGGACGAACCGCCACAAGUGCCACACGAUGAUGCGUCGGAUUCCGGCUGCGAGUCCGAUUCAUCUGUGGCUUCAUGCCCUGAAAUCACAUUCUCGGAAAAGCGGAAGCUUGGGUUGCCCAGGCCAGCGAGCCUGAAUGCCUUUGACAUCAUAUCAUUCUCUCAAGGUUUUGAUCUUUCUGGAUUGUUUGAGGAGAGAGGAGAGGAGACGAGAUUUCUUUCUAGCGAGCCAGUUUCCAAUAUCAUAUCGAAGUUGGAGGAGAUUGCCAAAGUGGUGAAAUUCACAGUAAGGAAAAGGGAUUGCAGGGUGAGCUUGGAAGGGACAAGGGAGGGGGAGAAGGGGCCACUUACCAUAGCUGUGGAGAUAUUUGAGCUUACUCCGACACUUGUGUUGGUUGAUAUUAAGAAGAAAGCAGGUGACAGAGGGGAAUAUGAGGAAUUUUGUAACAAGGAGCUUAAGCCUGGAUUGCAGCAACUCAAGUUUGGGACUGCCGCUCUUGCCAAUAUCACUUCUGAAUCUGAAUAUGACUCUGAAAGAGAGUAACUUCCCAUACUCAAUCUUCUGUUACAAAUUUUCAAUCUUGGCUGAUUUUUACUCCUGGUAUUGGUUCUUUCUCAAUCUUGUAACAUAUAUCGGUAUCUUAUAGUGUUAGUUAAAGGAAAUUGUUUUCAUGUUACAUCUUCAGAAAAUCAAAUUCUUCUUCAAAAUCUAUGUAUAAUAUAUUUGCAGAAUAUUUUUUGAUGGAUUCAAA